UUGGUGGUCUCUUCCUACUGGGUUCUGUCAACAACAUUAGUGUUUGUCAACAAACAGCUUGUCAGUGGGACUGGCAUAGAACUUGACUUGUCCAUCUUCAUUGUGUGGUUUCAAUGCAUUUUCGGGGUCCUCUUCCUGUCAUCAGCAGGCUGGCUGGCCAGAAAGCUACAAAUACCUUGGCACGACCUCGCUAACCUUAAGCUGGACUUAAGGAAGUUAGCCAACUGGGGUUCUCUGACUUCAUCUGCAGCUUUUAUUACGUCAUUAAUAUUCAACAGCUUGCUAUUGAAAUACAUUAGUGUUUCCUUCUAUCAGAUAGCACGCUCCCUGACAAUUAUUUUCGUUAUAUUACUAAGCUCUGUUCUACUUCAUGAGAAAGUGCUGUUUGGAAUAUUAAUAGCUUGUGCAUUUAUUAUAUCAGGGUUCUACAUCGGUGUGCAUGAGGAAGUGUUGGUCAAUGGAGUUCAAACAAGAGGUAUUGUUUAUGGAGCUGUGACAAGCUUGUUUGCAGCUCUGUCGUCAACAUUAUGCAAGGUGCUCCAGAGGCAGGGCAGGACAUCAUCCCUGCAGUUCACCUAUAAUGUUUUUGUCAUUGGCAGCUUAGCUCUGUCUGCGGUGGUCUUGUUGACGUCACAGAUCCAGUAUGUUUUGACGUCGUCUGUGUCGACCGACACAACAUUUUGGUGCCUGAUGUUCCUGUCUGGCUUCUCCUGUCUCCUGGUAGGGUGGAUCAGCACGCUGCAGAUAAGCCUGACGUCACCUCUCACAUACAUAGUCAGCACUAACUCCAAGUCUGUGUUUCAAACUGUGCUGGCAGUUGUGUGGAACAGUGAAAUCCGCAGCUGGUUGUGGUGGGUGGGUAACGGCCUGGUGAUCGUUGGUAUUGUUGGUUACACAGCCAUAAAACUGAGGAGCGAGCAGAAAAAGAUCAACAUGGAUAUUGUGGUGGAGGAGCCGAAGACUGAUCCUACCGUCAGGGAGUUUGUGGGGGAAAGUCGCUCUGCUGGGAAGAGAGCAGUAGCAAAACUCAGUGCCUAAGAAACAACUUCUGUGAUGUAAGCUUAAUUUAUUCAAUUAUUUGAUAGUUUUAGUGACUGAUAUUGUGCUUGUUUUUUGAUAUGCCAG